GGGAUCACUCUUACGAAAUACACGAAGACGUCACGCCAGAAAAAAACCCGAAAGAAAUCUUAUCGACUUCCCGUUGGUGAAUCCUUUUGUCUUUUAGUGUGACUCGGUAACGACAAAUUUUUGCAAAAGUACGAAGGAACGUAACUACCAGCACCCACUCGGCAACACGGCAAUAGACAGUGACUUUUUGGUGAAGUUGGUAAAAACCCACAUUUAGAACUGUUCAAAAACGUCUCACUGUUUGUACUGCAGAUGGCGCCGAUUGAGUAAAAGACUAUUUUAACUACGAAAUUUCCUAAAGUUUUUUUUUCUUUUUUGUAUAAUCUGAAAACUUGUUUGAAUGUCGUCCUUGAUUUUGUAAUCUGAAGGAUAGAGGAAAAACAUUUGCCUAAGGCAUAAAGACCCAUACCCAAAUCAGACAACAGGAGCUGUGGAUCUUUUAACUCCGGGGUUUUAUUAAGGACUUUUUUUCUUAAGCUAAGCAAGUGAGUCUGCUAUUAGCACAAGAUGGAGUCUACAAGAUGUAGGUCUCAGCAGCUGAUUAUUUUUGCUGUUGUCUUCCUUGGUACCCUUCACAAUUGGAUCGUUGGUGCUGAACUCACUUUUACUUUGCCUGACAUUGUAGACGAUUUUGAAAAGAUUACAGAUCACUCAACGGAGAAAUUUCCUGUUCAACGUUCUACAUAUUCAACUCCAUAUAAAGAAGGACCUGAACAUAAAUCUUCAUUUUUAGAUCCAAUAGAUGAUCGCCAUCCUUCACCGGAGUCAUCCAUAUCUGAUCCAGUCUCCUGUGUUCGACGGAGAAGGAUGAUAUACCCUAGUGGUCUUUUUUCUAUUGAGGAUCGGAGACAUGGAUGGGUGGCCCUGCAUGUUUUUGGGAUGAUCUACGCUUUUGUGGCUCUUUUAAUUGUGUGUGAUCAGUUCUUUGUUCCUUCUCUGGGGGUCAUCAUGGAAAAGCUGGCCAUCUCAGAUGAUGUUGUUGGAGCCUCCUUCAUGGCUGCAGGAACAACCGUCCCAUGGUUCAUUACCAAGCUAAUCCAAGUCCUCUACUAUCACAACGAUUUAACUGUGAACAUUAACCCAGUGAUUGGCACUACAGCUUUCAGAAUGUUGUUUGUGAUUGGAACAUGUGCUAUGUUUUCUGCAAAGGUUCUCCCAAUACGCUGCUGGCCAUUUUUCAGAGAUUUAUCAUUCUACAUGCUUGGCUUAAUCCUACUGAUCAUUUUCUUUUUGGAUAGUGUUGUCACAUGGUGUGAAAGUGUGAUUCUAGUAACCAUUUUUGUACUCUACAUCCUCUUUUUGAUAUAUGAUGAGAAUGUGGAACAAAUAAUGAAGACCCAACUCAAGAAAAUCAAAGGUGUGAUGAAAGCUUCAUUUGUGAAGAGAUGUGAAAAGGUGAUCCCGGUAGAGGUGUGUAUACCUCAAAGUGAGAAUGAUGCACAAGACCCUGGAGACUGUGAUGAAGAAUGUGGCAAUGAAAACAAUGGUGGAUGCAAAGAAAAGAAGUUUGUUGAGAGCAAAUUACUACAAGGAGCUACAUCUCUGUCUUUACGAUGGCCUGACAAAUGGCAGGAACAAGCCUCCUACAUCAUCCUGUUGCCAAUCAUCCUUCCUCUGUGGCUCACACUUCCCGAUGUUCGUAGUCAGAAAGCCAGAAAAUUCUUUGUGCUGACCUACCUAACUUCCAUUGUGUGGAUUGGCAUCUUGUCCUACCUUGAGAGGUGGUGGGCUCAUCAGGUGGAUGAGACAUUUGGUGUGAUCGGUCCUAUAAAUUACGUGGGAGCACUGAUGUCCAGCUCUGAUUUUAUAACUAGUCUAAUAGUGGCUCGUAAAGGCCUGGGAGACAUGGUUGUGUCCGGUAAUUUGGGCAGUAACAUCUUUACUAUGACUCUAUUUCUACCAGCGCAAUGGUUCCUCUACUCAGUCAUCCAUGGUUUCUCCCCUGUGGCUAUCUCGACUGAAGGCCUCUUCUGUUCCAGUAGCCUCCUCUUCGUCAUGCUCCUCGCUGCUGUCAUCUCCAUUAUAUCUUUUAAGUGGAGGAUGAAGAAACUGCUUGGUCUCACCUGGGUCCUUCUUUACCUUAUUUUUGUGGUCAUUAGCAUAUUGAUGGUGUUUCAAAUCAUUAUAUGCUCUGUGUAAAAAGAAAACUAAAAAAAAACCUCGAAAUAUUUUUAUGCAUUUUCUUGGAUUCUUCUCUAUAAAACUGAUCCAUCCUGACAUCUAACAGGGUUUAAAGAAAGAAGUUUAAAAGAGUUAGCGUGAUAAUCAAAUUAUUAUCAAUAUACCUGCCGAGUACACUUCAUAAAUAUAAAUACCAGUAUAUAUUUUAGCUGUAAAUAACUCAAGUCUAUAUAGCUGCAGUUUUAGCAACAAACUUGGCCCUUAGUGAAAACGUAAUUGUCACUUUUCCUAAUUGAAGGCAACUGCCAUCAAUUGUUUGCAGGAACUGGCAGAGUCUUUCAUUGCUGAUGAGGAAUUUUGGUCCACUCUACUUUAAAGAGUUGCUUUAAUUCAGCAGUACUACAGAAGUAUUGAUCAUGAUCAUGGUUAUGGUCAUGCUGCUGCAUCUCAAUCCGACUUAGGUUCAAACUUUCACUAGACUACUCCAAAACCUUCAAAACAUUCCAUGCCAUUCAGAGGUGGACUCUCUAGUGUACCAUUAUGCCUUAUGUAUACAGCCUCAGUGUCUCAUCAGUCCAAAGAAGUCUUUUCUUUCUUUAGAUCAAGACAUGAUGUGUUGUUUUUGGAGAACUUACUUUACUUUUUGUUGUCUGAUAGGUUUUUGUUAAAGUGCCUUGUUGAUUGUACGGGUUACAUGCCUCUGUGUAAAAUUGUAAAAUUAAUCAACCGAAAAACAGCAUCAAUAACAGUUAAUUGAUGACUCAACAAAAGGCAAUGAUUGCUUGUUUCACACAAGCUGAGCUUUGAUAGUUUUUUCCCUUAGUAAAUCAUUUGAAAACUGCUUUUUGCUUGCACUCUAGUUAUCUUAGUCAGAUCUUCUAAUUUAUAUCAUGAUCUGAAACGUUAUAUUGUGACUAAAAAUGAAAAAACAAAGGAAAUCUAUAUUAAAGCAAAUACUUUAUACUUUGGUGUGUACUUUUUCACUAUUUGUUUUGUUUAAUAAAAAACAAUGUGCUGAAAUCAGGUGGUUUUGUUCACAUAAAGUUAGAUUAAAAAUAUUUUAGAUUUGAAAGAACAGAUCAGCUAAG